AUGGUCAUGCUAAUCCACGCUUUGCGGGCUCUCCACGCUGAUGGAGGCGACUCCUCCAUCGCUCGCCGAUGGGAGUUUCGUGAAGAGUCCCCGGUUGAGGGUACCAAUCGUUCGCUCUUUAUUGCCAUGGGCGUGAUAUCCAUUCUAUCAUUGGGGUCUACGCUUGGCCUCUUGUCGUUCCUUACCUACCGAUUCAUUUACUGGCAGCGGUACUAUAAGCGUCCGCUUGCUCAGAACCAAUACGUCGUGCUUAUUUACAAUCUCCUGCUUGUCGACCUACAGCAAGCGAUUGCGUUCCUUAUCAGUUUGCACUGGGCCGCUCGUGGCAGUGUUCAUUUUGGAGAGACUGCCUGCUAUUUGCAAGGAUGGUGGAUCCAGACAGGCGACCCUGGAAGUGGUUUGUUCGUCUUGUCUAUUGCGCUACAUACGGGUGCCGUUGUACUGCGUGGUCGCCAAUUACCAUUCAAUACCUUUGUAUACUGUGUGAUCGCGCUAUGGAUGUUUAUUCUCAUCUUGGGAUUCAUCCCGGUUGGUCUAUAUGGUUCUAAGGUCUUUGUCAUUUCAGAGGCCAAUUGGUGCUGGUUGAGCCCGGAAAACGAAAACGAACGACUAUGGGGUCAUUACUUCUGGAUUUUCCUUUCCGAGUUCGGUACAGUCGUCCUCUAUAUGAUCAUGUUCUUCCACCUCCGACGCCGUAUGGCACAAGCGAAGAUGCUCCGCCGUGGCCAACAAGAAAGCUUGCACCGCCUGAACCGCGUUGUUAUCUACAUGGUCAUCUACCCACUCGUUUAUCUGGUCUUGUCACUACCACUUGCGGCAGGUCGUAUGGCAACCGCUCGCGGUAAAUCUCCCAGCAAGGCCUACUUCGCUGUUGCUGGCUCACUGAUGGCCCUGUCUGGCCUCAUGGAUGUCAUUGUCUACACCGUCACUCGCCGCCAUCUGAUCACCGAUACCGAGCACAGUACAACUGACCGCAACUACGACAACAACACCGACUCCCAAUGGCAGACGAACAUUACUACAACUGGUGGUGAGGGGACUCGCACCAAAAAGGGAGGAUUGCGGAUGGGGUCUCGACUGGGCUCGAAGUUCCGGCGGAGUAUGCCCACUGUUGACAAGGAGACUCGGAAUAGUCCAUUCGAGGACUCGACAGACGAUAUUGUCCAGAAGGAUUCUGUUGAAAUGUCCAACUUUGGUGGUGGUGUGUAUCAGGAGACCACCAUUGAGAUCUCUCAUGAGCCCGCAACGCCUGCAGAUACUAUGGAAGGGCGUUCGCGCCUGAGUGGCUAA